UCCAGGGCGGAGGGCGAAGGCCGAAGGCGGGGAAGGGCCUUCCAACAUCCGAAGCGAAGACCGGUGGAACGGCCCGAAGAAGGGCCUCAGGCGCCCCUGACGGGUAAAAAAGGCCAAAGGGAUUCUGGCUUGCCUCAAUAGGAAUCCAGUGCCUAGAUCCAGAGAAGUCCUGCUGCCCCUCUGUUCUGUCCUGCCUUGGCCAGACCACUUCCCCUGGAACCACACUGGGCCCCAUUCUGGGCACCACCACUGAAGGGAGAUUAUUAUUUUAUUAUUAUGACACAGCAAACAAGAUAGACAUGCUGGAUUUCAUUUCACAAAAUCACAAGUUGAACACUUGUUACUAUCAUUAUAUUACGACACAGCAAACAAGAUAGACAUGCUGGAUUUCAUUUCACAAAAUCACAAGUCAAACACUUGUUACUAUCAUUAUAUUACGACACAGCAAACAAGAUAGACAUGCUGGAUUUCAUUUCACAAAAUCACAAGUCAAACACUUGUUACUAUCAUUAUAUUACGACACAGCAAACAAGAUAGACAUGCUGGAUUUCAUUUCACAAAAUCACAAGUCAAACACUUGUUACUAUCAUUAUAUUACGACACAGCAAACAAGAUAGACAUGCUGGAUUUCAUUUCACAAAAUCACAAGUCAAACACUUGUUACUAUCAUUAUAUUACGACACAGCAAACAAGAUAGACAUGCUGGAUUUCAUUUCACAAAAUCACAAGUUGAACACUUGUUACUAUCAUUAUAUUACGACACAGCAAACAAGAUAGACAUGCUGGAUUUCAUUUCACAAAAUCACAAGUCAAACACUUGUUACUAUCAUUAUAUUACGACACAGCAAACAAGAUAGACAUGCUGGAUUUCAUAUCACAAAAUCACAAAUCAAACACAUCUCAAGUGUCUAGGACUGUGUGAUGUAUUUUCGGAUGAUGCGUGCAGAUCCCAGUCGGGUGGCCUUUUGCAGUUGGCAGAUCGUAAUUUUGUCAAUGUCCAUUGUUUCCAAAUGCCGGCUGAGAUCUUUUGGCACGGCACCCAGUGUGCCCAUCACCACCGGGACCACCUGCACUGGUUUCUGCCAGAGUCUUUGCAGUUCAAUCUUGAGGUCCUGAUAGCGGCUGAGUUUUUCCUGUUGUUUUUCGUCAAUGCGACUGUCACCUGGGAUGGCAACAUCAAUGAUCCAAACCUUUUUCUUCUCCACAACUGUGAUGUCUGGUGUGUUGUGUUCCAGAACUUUGUCAGUCUUGAUCCGGAAGUCCCACAGUAUCUUUGCGUCCUCAUUUUCCAAGACUUCUGCAGGGAAAGGAACAUUCUAUGGAGCCACAUUUGUCAUGAUGAGAAACAAUCCAACAUCGAGAGGAUAUCGAAGAAUUUGGAAUUCAAACUGCAGUAAGGAAACCAGUUCUAUAGGAAGAAGCAAUGCCCUGAAGGUUCUGAUCUUGCUGAACUCUUCGCCUCACUCACAAUUCAGAAAGGGGUGGAAAGAGUGAAGUGUCUGUUGCAUUUUAAAGUAAAUAUCACUACCAAAAUGGAGAAGAAAGCAUAUAAAUGUACUGAAUGUGGAAAAAGCUUUAGUCAGCAGAGAUCUCUGCAGUUACAUGAAAGAACUCACACUGGUGAGAAACCCUAUAAAUGCCAGGAAUGUGGGAAGAGCUUCACUCACAGUGCGAAUUUACAUACACAUCAAAGAGUUCACACUGGGGAGAAACCCUUUAAAUGCCUGGAGAGUGGAAAGAGCUUUGCUGACAGUAGAAGUCUACAUAAUCAUCAUAGAACACAUGCUGGAGAGAAACCCGAUCAAUAUCUCGAGUGUGGAAAGAGCUUCACUCACAAUGCGAAUCUACACACACCUGGGGAGAAACCCUAUGAAUGCUUGAAUUGUGGAAAGAGAUUCACUUACAAUGGAAGUCUACAUAAGCAUUAUAGAACCCACACUGGGGAGAAACCCUAUAAAUGCCAGGAGUGUGGAAAGAGCUUUGCGCACAGUGGACAUCUCCAUUCACAUCAAAGAAUUCACACUGGAGAAAAGCCCUUUAAAUGUCUGGAGUGUGGAAAGAGCUUUGUUGAGAAUGGAAACCUACGUUCACAUCAAAGAACUCACACUGGGGAGAAACCCUAUGAAUGCAAGGAUUGUGGUAAGAGCUUUUCAUACAGUGGACAUCUCCAGUUGCAUCAAAGAACUCACACUGGGGAGAAACCCUACAGAUGCCAGGAGUGUGGAAAGAGUUUUGCAGACAAUGGACACCUCCAUUUACAUCAAAGAACUCACACUGGGGAGAAACCCUAUACAUGUCUGGAGUGUGGAAAGAGCUUCACUCACAGUAUAACUCUACAUAGACAUCGAAGAACUCACACUGGGGAGAAACCCUUUACUUGCCUAGAGUGUGGAAAGAGCUUCGCAUGGAGUUCACAACUACAUUUACAUCAUAAAACCCACACUGGGGAGAAACCCUAUAAAUGCCUGGAGUGUGGAAAGAGUUUCUCACAUUGUGGAAGUCUACGCAAACAUCAUAGAAUCCACACUGGAGAGAAACCCUAUAAAUGCCUCAAAUGUGGAAAGAGUUUCUCACAGAGUUACGGUCUACGCAGACAUCAUAGAACCCACACUGGGGAGAAACCCUAUAAAUGCCUGGAGUGUGGAAAGUGUUUCUCACAGAAUGGAGAUCUACGUAAACACCAUAGAAUCCACACUGAGGAGAAACUCUAAACAGACAAUCCCCAAGUUAUGAACAAGAUAGGUUCUGUAGGUUUGUUCUUAAGUUGAAUUUGUUUGUAAGUUGGAGCAGGUAUAUAUUUUAAAGUGUAACUUCAUCCAGAUGUAUAUAUUUUUAAAGCUUUGAUGUUAGUUUUGCUCUCUCUGCCCCUGUUCAGAAUAUUUCGCCUCACGUUCUGUGUCUGUGAGAAUUGGAUUUUGAAAAAAAAAUGGCUUGUUGUGAAAACAAGGAUUGGGGAUAAAACUUCAGUGGAGACCCCCGUUAGUGAAUCAGCUGGUGGAUUGAGACUAAUCACCUUCCCGGUCUCAAUUCCUCUCCAACAACCUGGCUGCCUGCUCAGAACGCAUGGAAUAAAAUAUGCUCUACGACUCCUUUCAGUUCAGCUUAUCAAAGCAGCUCAAACUUUAUUGUUAUUUACAACUAUAUACAUAGCAGACCAGAAAUUUGCCAGACUCUGUCCGUCUACAUCAGAGCGCACUGCAGGAAUGAACAUUCCAUUGUUAUCUCUAAACAAAACAACUGGCUAGAAGGCACAAACUUCCCAAAGUUACACUCUAGCAAUUUCAUUUCCCCUCUAUGCAUUUAACCUCUUCACCUCUGGAUUACACACACAGCUUUAAACUCCUAGCACAAUUUCACAUUAUACUAAUCCAUUUUACCAACAUUUUUUUUCCUAGGCAUACAUUUCUCUCACUUCCUGUUAUCUCACUAUGAGUAAUAUGUGAGUUGGAUGUUUGUAACUCAGGAACUGCCUGUACAUGCCUGGAGUGUGGAAAGAGCUUCUCUCAGAUUCCACAUCUACAUUCAUAUCAAAGAACUCAAACUGAGGAGAAACCAUAUACAGGCUGUCCUUGGGUAACAAACAAGAUAGGUUGUGUAGGUUUAUUCUUAAACUUAAUUUGUAUAUAGGCCAGUGGUACAUUUUUGAAGUGUAGUUCCAGCCAAUGUUUGUUUAGUUUUGGAUAGUAGAGGCACUCCUGUGACAUUUGUUUUGCUGUCUGUGUCCCAAUUAAGUUUUCUCCUCACUUUUUAUCCCUGUCACAAUUGAAUUUUGAAAAAUUUGGAUUGCAUCUAUCUCCAAGGCUUUUCCCACAAUAACUCCUCCAAGAGUGAUUUUUGCUUUCUAGGGGUAGAUUUCCUCUCACUUCUUGUUGGCUGAGGGACAGGAAGUGAGAUUAAAUCUUUCUAGCGAGGAUACAGAUAGUAAAGAAAUCUCACAACUUUAAUGCCACUGACAAAAACUAAAACAGUAAAACUUGCAUGGAGUUCUACUUUAAAUGCCAGUUGGAUAGAUGUCAGCAGGUGGUUCUAAAUGGGGGAGAUAGAUAGAUAGAGAUAUAGAUACAGAUACACACACACACACACAUUAUUGUGAUAUGUGAGGGGAGGGGGGACAUACAAACUUUGAAAUUCAACCAUCAGAAUACAAAUAUUAUUUCCCUAGUCCCACCGCCUCCCCAUGAAUCACCCAUGAACCACCAACCGCAAUAAUAAUUAUAAUAAUUAUAAUAAUCUUUAUUUGUAGACUGCCCUAUCUCCCUGAAGGGACUCGGGGCUGUUUCCAGUACAAAAGGCAAACAUUCAUUGCUGGCAAAGAAACAUAUUGACAAAUUAUAUCAAAGCAGCACGCCAUUACUAAAACUACAGUAGAGUCUCACUUAUCCAAUGUUCUGGAUUAUCCAACACAUUUUUGUAGUCAAUGUUUUCAAUGCAUUGUGAUAUUUUGGUGCUAAAUUCGUAAAUACAGUAAUUACUACACAGCAUUAAUGUGUAAUGAACUACUUUUGCUGUCAAAUUUGUUGUAUAACAUGAUCCUUUGGUGCUUAAUUUGUAAAAUCAUAACCUAUUUUGAUGUUUAAUAUGCUUUUUCUUAAUCUCUCCUUAUUAUCCAACAUAUUCGCUUAUCCAACGUUCUGCCGGCCCGUUUAUGUUGGAUAAGUGAGACUCUACUGUACUACCAAAUCAAAAUUAUCAAAAAUAAAACUUGAUAGCCCUAAAAAAACACAAAUUAUGUAGUAUAAAUUUAAGACAAAAUAGGAAUUUAUAACAACGACAACCUUAUAAGGGAGUAAAAUGGUUGCCAACAACUAACAGAUUGAGAUCCGUUCCAGUAUCUAGACUGGCUUUAAUAUAUCUAGACGAUGUUAUGUGUCAUGAUGUAUUCGUCUUUCUCCUUGCUGUAGCCCAUAAGUGUAUUUUUAGCAGCUUUUUAAAUGUGUAGAGAGAAGGGACAAUUUUUAAUUUUUAGUGGGAGGAUUGACUCUUCCUCUGAAAAUUGUCAUACAAUUUUUCUGUUAAUCUUUCACCUUGCAUAGUUUGGCUUUUGUUUAAGGUAACUGACCCGGACACAAACCCACAAGGUUAGGUUGUGCAAAUAACUUGGACAACUUAGCUCAUACACGGGGAAAACACCUAAAAAGAAUACAGAGCAACCACUUGCUGCUUUCUCAUACUCUAGCUGUCAUUUUCUGUGUCAUUCUUAUUUUCAUAUUAUAUUGUAUUGUAUUAUUUUCAUAUUUUGCUUGAGUGUGUAAACCCCUCUUAAAAAUAACCCUGGUACAUGUAUCUGCCUCUUGGAGAAAUGUUAUUGAUAAACCCUUAAGAAAGUUGCCUAUCUAAUUGAAUGAUUAAUGGCUAUGAGAUUUGGCUUGCUAGAUGGUGGUUACAUGAUGUUUACUUGAUUUAAUCAAUCUAUACUCAUAAUAAAAGUGAAAAUCUGUAUGUAUGUAUGUAAGUGGCACGGGUGUCCGCUCUCACAGACAGCCUCCGGCCUCCACAAACAGGCUCUAGUUCUCAGUGCUGAGGAGCCACCAAGUAAUUGUCUCCCAGGACAUUGUAGGUUACAGCGAGCACAUCCCAGUGCCCCUUUCUGUCUUCAUUUGCAUGAUCCCGCCCACUAACUCUCCUUUAACCCUUUUCUAUAGCACACAGCAAACAAAGGAAUUGAUCAGCAACUGAACAUACUAGAGAGAGAAGUUUGGGGAGAAUUCACCAUGGUUUCUAGGAGUUGUAGGGACUGGGAUCUAAGAGCCCUCUGAAGUCCACCAAUGAUGGACCUGGAACUAACUUGGCACACAGACCCAACAUGGCCAAAUUUGCAUACUGGUGGGGUUUGGGGGUGAUUGAUCUUGACAUCCAGGAGUUAUAGUUCACCUGUAUUCAGAGAACACUGAACCCAUCUGGUGACAAAUCUGGACCAAACUUGGCACACAACUUCAACAUGGGAAUAUUGGUGGACUUUGAGGGUUAUUGGUCUUUAUCUCUGGGAGUUAUAGUUCACUUGUAUUCCAUGAGCCCUCUGAACCCCACCAAUGACAGAUCUGGACCAAACUUGGCACAUAGACCCAACAUGGCCAACUGUAAAUACUGUCAGGCUUUGCGGGUGAUUGACCUCUGCACCAGAAAGUUAUAGUUGACCCAUAUGCAGAGAACACUGAACCUAGCAGAUGAUGGAUCUGGACUAAAUUUGGCACACAGACCCAGCAUGGCCAACUGUGAAUACUGGGGGAGUUUUGGGAGGGUUGACCCAAGAUUUUUGGGAACUGUAGUUCACCCACAUCCUUAUACAUUUUCUAAUGGGGGCAUUCAUAAAAAACAAAAGCAAAGACUGAGGUUUUUUCCUAAGAGAUGGCGUAACAUAUGAUCAAACUGAUAUUACCUCACAUCCAAAAACAAACAAUGCCCCUUUCAAAUAACCCGGGCAUUGCUGGGUACCCAAGCUAGUAUUAAUAAAAGGAAGAUGUAACUGCACGAAAUGUCAAAUGUCAUGGAUAUUUACUUGAUUAAUAUAAGUGAAGACAGCUGUACACAUGUACAAGUCUACAUGUCUAAAGAUUGCAAUAAUCAAUACAUUUCCAUUUUUUAGUAACUUCUGCACAUGACUGUAAAAUUGAUCUAGUCAGCAAAUCAUUGUUAGCUAAACUUUCUGCGCAUGUCUGUAACAAUACUGUAAUUACAAGUGAAACACAGCUGGGUGUUGUGACAGGUCCUUUAUUCAGCACGAGCUGACACUGUCACACUAUUUUGCAAAUAGUAAAAAGGGCUGAAAAUGGAAA